AUGACCGUCAAGCAGCUCGCCCCGUAUGGGACGUGGCCCUCCCCCAUCUCCGUGGAUGCCGUCAUCCACAAGACCAGAAAUUUAACGUCUCCGCGAGUCAGCCGCAGAACUGGAAGGGCCUACUUCGUAGAGAGCACCUCUCAAGGCAGACAAACCAUCAUCGAAGUCACACGUGGCGGCAGCCUGAGAGAUGUCUUGCCCGACGAGUACAGCGUGCAGAACCGCGUCUACGAGUACGGGGGCUCCAAAUACGACGUUCUGCCAGACGGCAGGAUCAUCUUUUCCAACAGGGACGACACGGUCCGCCUUGUCGACCCCGACACGGGCGACGUCUCGCUCGUGCUCGCAAGCCCUGCGUCCAGAUACUCGAGUUUCUGCUCCAGCAGCACUGCGCCACGGGUGCUGGCCAUUGAAGAGGACCACACGUUCGACGAGCCGUCCAGAGUGCGCAACUACCUCGUCGCCAUCAACGUGCGGACCGGCGCGGCCAAGAGGGUCGCCGCGGGGGCUGAUUUCUAUUUCAUCCCGCAGUGCAGUUGGGACGGCACCCGGGUCUCGUGGGUGGAGUGGAACCACCCUGAUUUGCCCUUUACGGCCGGCAGGUUGUUUGUCGCCGACUGGGCCGCCGACGGGACUGUCGAGAACGCCCGCCUUGUUGCUGGGGAUCAGCGCGAGAGCGUAGCUGAGCCUCGAUGGGGUCCUGACGGGUCGCUAUUCUUCGCCAAAGAGGAGGGCCCGUACCGAAAGAUUUACAGGCUGCGGCCUGGAGCCGAGUCCCAAGAAGAGAUCCGGCUGCCUGGUCUUGAUGAUGCCGAGUUUGGGGAAGCCGGGCUGGGUGAAGGGAGCCGUACGUUUGUGCCCCUGAGCAAAGAUGUGUUGGCUGCCUCGGCGGUGACCAGGGGAGUUGGGCGCCUCAUCGCAAUAGAUGUCACGACAGGUUCGUGGCACUACCUGAUCGGGCCGGACCAGCUGUGCCACAUGAGCGGCGACGCCAUGGCUCGCUUGGACGAUGCUUCGGUCAUGGUGAUCGGCAGCGGGACCGGCUCGCAUCAAGCCGUGCACGUCAUCAAGGUGGCAGACGCGCGCGGCAACAAAGUCGUGCGCGAGUCCACGGACGAGCACUUCCCGGCCCUGUGCUACUCGCGCCCGGAGCCGCUGAGGAUUCGGUCCGCGGGGACGACGCGCCGUCGACACAUCCACGGGUUCCUGUGGAUGCCCCGCAACGCCAGGUUCGCCGCUCCGCCAAGCGACCUGCCGCCGCUCAUCGUCAGCGUCCACGGCGGGCCGACCGGCAGGGCGGGGAGCGGGCUCGACCUGCGCACGCAGUUCUUCACGUCGCGCGGAUACGCCCUCCUGCAGCUCAACUACACGGGCUCGACGGGCCACGGGCGCGAGUGCCGCGAGUCCCUCUUCGGCCGCUGGGGCGUCGUGGACGCCGACGACGUGGUCGAGGCGGCGCGCCACCUCGCCAGCCGCGGGCGCGUCAAGCACGGCGCCGUCGGCGUGACGGGCGCCAGCGCGGGGGGGUACACCGCCCUGCAGUGCCUGUCGAGGCACGCGGGCAGCUUCGCCGCGGGCGUCUGCGUCUGCGGCAUCAGCGACCUCGAGUCCCUGGGCCGGGCGACGCACAAGCUCGAGAGCCACUACACGGAGCUCCUGGUGCUGGGCGAUGGGGCCGGGGCCGGGGCCGGGGCGGACGAGAAGCGCCGAAUCUACCGCGACCGGAGCGCGGUCCACCGCGCGGGGGCCGUGACGGCGCCGCUGCUCCUGCUGCACGGGCAGGCCGACACGGUCGUGCCGGUCGAGCAGGCUCGCGUCAUGGCGGCGGCGCUGAGGGCGCUCGGCAGGGACGUCGACAUCGUCGAGGUCGCGGGCGAGGGGCACACGUUCGCGAAGCCCUCCAGCGCGGAGGUCUGGCUGGUGGAGGAGGAGCGGUGGUGGAGGGAGAAGCUGCUUCGGGGAGGCGAGGGUGCACCGGCGUGA